AUGCCUUGCUUGGGUUACAAGAUUUUCUACAAGGACGUUACCUUGAGCAAGAAGCUUGUCACGAACGGCUAUACGUGUUUCGAGAUAGUGACGAUCGUCGUCAUUGCCAUUGAUUCGAUUUUGAAGAUUGAACAUCAAGCUAUAAAAAAAGCAAGUUCAACCGGAAAAGUUGAAGAAUUGGGAUCAUCAAGCAUUACAGACGGUGCAUAA